CGAGGGAGACAAGUGUCUGUUCGUCUCAGUCAUGUUCACGGUUAAAAGUUCCAUAGGUGAGACAAAAAUGUAAACGCGUCUCGGAGAGACAGCUGAACAAAUCAUUACUGGGACAAACAGGUUGGACAUCAAACGGAUUAUGGAGAACCAUGAGUACUUCUGGCUUUUCUUGAUAAUAAACUGCUGUUCGGGCUCAGGAACAGGUUUCAACGAUGACCCAGCCAUCGAUCCAAGACUUUAUAACCUGGACUGGAUGAAGUCUGUGCCUGAUGAGACCCUCAUAUCUGCUCUCUCCAUACCUGGAACCCAUGAGAGCUUAUCCUUACACGGAGGACCUCUUGCUAAAUGUCAAGUUUGGACCUUGGACCAGCAACUCAAUUUGGGAGUGCGGUAUUUUGAUUUGCAUGUUGGACUCUGGUUGUCGAACCAAAAAUAUCUUUAUAUCCGUGAUAGUCAUUGGAUGUUUUGGCAACAUGCUCAUUUAGACGAAGUACUUAGGAUUAUUUUCAACUUCUUAAACACCCACACCAGUGAGAGUGUGCUUGUUAAAGUAACAUUACAUGGGCUUUACCAGGGGAGAGCCACAAAAUUGAUGACGGAAUUGAUCGACAAGAACCGAAAUAAGAUUUGGAAUAAGUCAUCGAUCCCAAACAUGCAACAGGUGAGGGGGAAUAUUGUUCUUCUCCAGAGUGACACAUUCAAUCCUGGCAUAGAAAACCAGGAGUCAAUGUUCUUCGAAAAUAAGAAGCUGAUCAAUGUGGAGGACAAAAUAAGGAAUAUCAAGUCCCACCUCUGUGAUCAUCAUGUUGUGUUGACUGACACUGCAGCAUCAGCUCUCAGCAGGCCUAAAACGUUGGCUCAAACACUUAACAAGCAGCUUGUCAACUUUGUGGUGCAACAUAAAAAAAGCUCCUCAAACCAAGGUUGCUUGGGGGUCCUGAGCAUGAACUUCCCGAGUGCUGAUCUUAUUAAAAACAUUAUUCAACUCAAACCCUGCAAUUGUGUGAAAGGUGCAAAAAUAGGAGAUGGUGGAAGGAAGAUACAACUGAAGAAGCCCCUGCACUGGACAUAA